AUGUCACUGUUGCGACCGUUGCUGAAUGCAGCUGUGAAAAAUGAUAGCGAUUGUUGGGCAAAACCAGUACGAAGCGUCGCAGCAAAUGUGUUUGUUUUCCCGGAAUAUGCAGUUGAGAUGGAGUUGGAUUACAGCAGAAAUCUCAACACCACUACUGACUCUGAUAAUGAUGAAGUUGAGGAUGAUAACGGCGAUAAUCACACUGAUACGGCAGGGAAAAAUAUGGAGGAAUAUCAAAGAUAUAUCAAAAAACAUCCGGGCUUGUGCGAUAUCAACUUUGGCGAUUUGGAGGAACUGGAAGAUUCUGCAGAAAAUGAUGUUUUAUUCAAACGAUUUCAUAAGGUUUGUUGUUUGUAG